AUGGCCGCAGAAUCAUCUCGCAGUAGCGCCAAACGCCCCUUUGUGGAAGAAGAUGAAGAAUUCAACAAAAAGCCACCAGCAAAAAGGGUUAGGUUUCCAAAGGGUAGGAAAGUGAAGCCAGGAGAUGAAGUUGUCGAGAAAGGAAAUGUCGAGGAGGGUGAUGUUGACUUACUGAAUCCCCAGGCUGCUGCCAAAGCCGCUGCCAAAGCUGCCAAAGAGCGGGCAAAACAAAGAAAUCAAAUUACUGCCGAACUAUUUAGUGAGGGUACCGGGGGUAUCGUAAACGACUUCUCGGUUGCUGAAGUGACAUAUGAGUUAUUGUGCAUUGAUCUGUUAUUGGGUCCACGUAAAGAUAGGCAAGCAAUGAUCGGUGAUAUCUUGUGGCAGGAUAACGAAAAUUUUGUUGAUGAUGGGAUUCAAAUUGAGCCUUUCAACCUAGAUAAAGAAAGGGAAGAAGGUUAUUUUGAUGCAGCAGGAAAUUUUGUGGAAUAUGUGAGAGAGAAUGAAAUUAAGGAUGCGUGGCUUGAUAAUAUUGAAGUUGAUCCAAAAUAUGCUGCAUUGAAAUCUGUACCAACAAAUGAUGAAGAUGACGAGACCCCUGACCUUUCUUCUAAAGAUAUUGGAAUCAUGAAGAGACGCAUUGCAGAUGUUCUUGAACCUGGGGAAACGGUCUUGCAAGCCUUGAGAAGGUUAAAAGGUAACAAUGACAGAAAGGCAAAAAUGUCUGCUGAGACUAAGAUUGUAUUUGACCAGCUAACUGAGGAUUCUAUGAAGCUGAUGGAGAAUGGCGAAUACAAUGUUUAUCACGAAAAGCGAGAGGUUUUUGAUCGUGAAGCAGAAGGAUAUGAGAAACUAGCCCAGGCAAAAGAAGGCACAUCAAAUCAACAUUUGACUAGUGGGGAAGCUUCUAAUGAUGGAGAUGAUUAUGAUAUGUUUGCCGAUGAUGAUGAACAUAAUACCAGUAAGCCAUCUACAGAUCAAAGUAAUGCAGUUAGUCAAUCUUCAUCAGAUGCCAUAAAUUCUUGUACUGAGGGCGGAGCAAUGCAAAAUGAUUAUGUAUAUGAUGAAUCUUCUGGGUACUAUUACAGCAGCAGUUUGGGCUAUUAUUAUGAUCCAAAUACAGGGCUUUAUUGUUCUGCAGCAUCAGGGCAAUGGUACUCAUUUAACGAGGAGACUAGCACAUAUGAAGAAGUUGACGAGGUUGCAUCUAAUGUGAAUUGA